AUUGAAUCACUGUCUUAUCUGAUAAAAAGCAAGGACUUGAAAAGCGUCUAUAUGUUCUAACGCGCCUCACGUAUGAUUCCCCUACCCGCCAAACGGCGCAAAUCGAACUCCUCUUCGGCAAUCCCCGUCGAAUCGACAAAUGUCGAGCACGCAUCUCUCAAUAACAAUGGAAAACUGGAGCCUGCAAGCGGCGCAUCGUUUCGGUCGGCAACAAAAGCAAGUCUUGCGCGGUCGCAGGCAGAGCUUCUUCCUAGAGUAUUAGGCUGGUCGGCGGCAGAAAGAACACAACGGUCAGAGAGCCGGGGACGUGAGCUGCAUGAUGCUCAGGGAACUAAGGAGGACAUGUCCCGUAAAGCUCCAUGGGCCCUACCGAACCAAAUUUCUUCGAAGCGGGAAUCUAAUUCUAAACUUCCGGUGCCGAGUUCCCGCAAAGCAGAAGCGGCAGAACCCAAUCUAGAGAAUGGAACUGUUCGCAGGUCUGCUAGGAGAGCUCUAUUUACCUCACAGCGCACGUCUAUUACAGCCGAGGUAUCAGUGGCUGGUCUACCAGACGAAUUUGAGCCUGGAGAACAGGGUUCUGGGAGUUUAUUCGGAUCGCAAAACGCUGGUGAUGGGGAGAGCGAACCGGAGCUACCCCCAACUCCAACGCAGCUGGGUCUGCAGAAACUUUCUGUUCGUUCGAGAAGCUUUAUGAGCAGUAGCCCAAGUCUUCUGGUUGACCGGCAAAAGGGACGGACUUCGGGAAGACGCUACGAGCCGAGCCCACUUAAACCGCGCGAUGAGCAGGUCGGGGAAUUGGAAGAUUUGGGUGCAGACCUAUCAACAAACGUUUCACAGCUAGAAGAAGAGCUGCCGGCCGCAGUGCGUGAAAAAAAGAGGCUUCGUGACGAGCUUACUGCACAGUUGGAGAAGUUGAAAGAAGACGUCGCGACUCUUGAGGAUUGUGGCCGUCGCUUUGAGCAGCCGGAUACAAACGAGUCACUGGACAAAGAAUAUCUAAGCCGUUUACUAUCUCUGCUUACGACUGACAAUCCUUCCUGUGCUCCGCCUCCAAAGCCAAAACGAUUACCACCAAUAUCCUCCAUGCUUUCAUAUCUUCUUCCAUUUUCUGUUCCUCAGCAUAUCCCCAAGUUGGAACUGCAGCGUCCAGUUACACCACCUCCAGAAAAUCCAUUUGCGCUCGAGCAGCUUUCUGAUCCUUUGCCGUAUCUUACACUCUUCGCACCCCUCACUCUAUCUACACAUACGACAACAACUUCUUCGUCCUGGAAAACAUUGGGAUCCUCAUCACGUCUGAUACAAAAGCAUGAAUUUGUCCUUUCUCCUCCCCGUGGAUUCCCUCAGUCUAUAUACAAGAUUCCGAUCACCCUUGAAACAGAUCCGGAGCUACAAAGAAUCCUAUCCAUCACCAUUCCCGAUUCCUCAGAAGCAUCUGAUGUUGCAAACAUUCCAUCUCAACUACACCGAUGGAUGCACACCCGACUUUCGAACCAACUCUUAAAACUCGACAUAUCCGGAUUGUCGUGGGGCGUUUGUCGCUACUGGGAAGCAUGCAUCUCGCGCGCAAAAAUAUGGACAUUGUUGGAGAAGCUCCAGUCCAACGUCACCAAAGGCACUCGCCUCAAAGAUACUAGCUCUCGCGAAGAUUCCGAGCCCGAGAAGAACCCUCGCGCGCUAGUUCCUCACCUUGAUCGAUCUUCAUCCCUUUUCUCAGGCCCUCGCGGGACUGGCAGUUAUCAGAUCAUGGUGUCCUGUCCCAUCGAGAUUGAUCUCUGGACCAGUGAACCGUUCCUACAACCUGAUAUUUGCAUUUCUACUUCGACUUCCCCACGCUCUAGCGGAGGCGCCGAGACCAAAAUUGAAAUUGAGGCGCGACGGGUGUUUUGGACUAUACUAAAGCAUCGUAGUGCCGAUGUUGAGAUUGAUUGUGGCAUAAUUGUAGGCGCUGUGGAGGCUGUCGUCAGGGUGCUGUAUGGGGAAGAGUGAUGAUGGUCUACUAAAGAUAUGGGAAGCAGGGCAACAUAGAAGAAUGAGACGAUGAAACCUGCUCUAUAUAAACGUACUUGUCAUUUUGGUUGAUAGGAUAUCCGCCCUGUACUUUGUAAGUAUCGUUGGCCUUA